AUGUUUUUUUUAUACAUAUGUGGGACCGCUAACACACAGGCCGUGGAGCGGGGGGCGGAGUCUGAGGCUCACCUGAGCCAGGUGAGUAAGGAGAGAGACGAGUUGAAGGAGAAGCUGCUCGUUUCCGAGCGACAUCACAAGAAACCUGAUCCCCGAUUGGACGAGCUGCAGCAAGAGCUGGCGCAUCUGAAGAAGAACUUCCAGACACAGAGCGACAUCCAGACCAGGAAGGCCAGCGAGGCGGAGCAGCGUGCUACUGAGCGUGCUCAGUGCGCUGAGCGGCGUGCAGCGGGUCUGGAGCAGCGUGUGUCGGAGCUGUCGGAGCUGCUGGGCGUCGCGGAGCGGGCGCGGCACCGCGAGCAGACGGCGGCCCAGAGACUCCGAGACCGUGUCCUGCAGCUGGACCACGAGAACAAGAUGCUGGCCAAGGCCAUGACCUCUGACCUCGGCCUAGAGAACAAGAUGCUGGCCAAGGCCGGGACCUCUGACCUCGCCAAUGCUGUGACCUCUGACCUCGGCGUAGACGAGUCGCAGCUGGACGUCCGCGUCCUGAAGGAGAAGCUGGAGAACGUAAAGAAAAUCCUGCAGCUGGCAGCGAAGGUAGAGCCCGAGCACAGUACCCAGAACCCCCAGGUCCUGGGGGUCCAGGACGAGGUCGAGGACAUCCAGAUCCUGCAGGUUCAGAACCUCCAGAAGGUCCAGGACCUGGAGGUAUGGUUCCUACAUUCAUCCAAAAAGCUGAGAGACCAUAAGCUUUUCUGCGUUUUUCCUUUUAAAUAUUUGAUUUACUUGAGUUUUCAACAAAAAGAACAGACCCAGAGCAUUUUAUACAGGAAGAAAGGGGCAGUUCAGGGGGCUGGAAGGCCAGGAGAGCCGGGAAGUGAUGCAGCAGCACGGCGUUUCCAUAGCGACGGGGAUAUUAAUAUGGUGAUGUGA